CGGCCGGCUCGCGGGUGCUCUGGGCGAUUAUAUACAUCAGAUCGCGUGAUCCGCAUGUACACUGCACGUCCGCGUAGUAUUUUAUUUCCUGCAGUUUUCUUUGCAUUCACGUCGAACCCGACUGGUCCACCGGCGCUCUGCCCGAUUAUAUACAGAUCGCGUGAUCCGUACGACACGCCGGCGUAGUGUUUUAUUUUUGGACCCGACUGCCGUACGAGGAUAAGCCGUAUUGGACGUAGAGUUCUGGACGCGUCGGACGACAGUGCUCCUUCGACGGACCAUGGAAAUACGCGUGGUAGUAUCGUACGCCGCCGCCGCCGCCGCCGUGUUGUUCACCUGUUGCUGCAGCUGGCCGUCCAGUGUACGAGGCCACGCGAUCGACUUUAAAGCAAUGCCCAUGACCCUGCUGAACGCCACCAAUUUCAUUAUGCGGCACCAGAGGUAUUUGCUGCAAGACGACGAACUCGCGACUGACGCCGCCGCACGGGCAUCCGGUAACCAAGUGAACAUGAAUAUUGAUGAGAACGUCGACGGCUUUGUUAACAGCCCUUUAGUCUUAACUACCGACGUGUGCAACCCGAGGAAAUGUCAAGCCGGCAAAAUGGAAGGAGUGUGCAUUAGCGGCGAAUCGUGUUUCAAACACGGUGGUCAGACCGGAAACCCUUGCAACGGAUCGAGUAAUCUGAUUUGUUGCACAUUCAUACUUACGUGCGGCGACGUCUCCAGUCAAAAAGUGACGUACCUUCAGUCACCGGACAAUUUGAAAAUUGAUACGGGCAGUUUGGCAUGCGAUUUCGACUUGAUCGUUCAAAAGGAUACGUGCGCAGUCCGUGUGGAUUAUGAAAAAGUGAAUCUUGCCAGCAAGAUAGGAGGAGUAUGUGACAUCGAUCAAGUUUACAUUUUGAAUUCCAACGACGGGCCAACGACGGGUCAGUGUGGACCAUUGACUGGUUACAGCACCGUCGUCGCGGUGAAACCGAACCAAGAAAAACCUUUGAAAAUAGCAAUGGUUGUUCAAAGUGCACCCACCGAGUAUUGGCUAAUCAAAGUCUCGCAAAUAGGUUGCGCCGAAAUACAACCACUCAAAGAAUCACCCGACUGCGGUCUGACGUCCGUCCGGCAAAUGAACGACGACAACUUCAACGGUCAGUCACCGCACCUGACGCCAUCGCUGGAAUCCGGACGUUGCGGCGGAAGCGGGGGCAGUGGCGCCAGUGGCGGAAGCGGUGACGGGGGCGGGGACGAUGCGAUGAUUCGACGGCAGCGGCUCAUACGUCGCUCAGCGGUCCGCGGAGACGUCUUACAACCGCGGCGGACGGGCCGAUCUGUAGGUCACUUCGGGUCGGCCAGGGAACGGCUGCAUACCGCGAGGGGCGAAGAGUUCAGGGACGGCGAUAACCGAAGGAUCAUCGGCAGCGACGAGGCGUACAUCGGCGAGCACACCUGGCAAGUGGCCAUCGCCCUGGACGGGGUGUUCUUCUGCGGCGGAGCACUGAUCGCUGAUCGAUUCGUCAUCACCGCCGCCCACUGUGUCAUGACGCGCGACACGCCGAUGGACGACUUAAUGGUACACUUGGGCGACUACGACCUGACAGCGGACAACGAAACGGAACACCAGGCGCGGAAAGUGUCUCGCGUGCUGUUCCACUCCCAUUUCCAUCCGUUCCUGUUGGCCAACGACAUAGCUCUGCUGCAACUCGACCGGCCGGCCACGGCGAGCGACACCGUCAGGCCCGUGUGCAUGCCGUCCGCCGACGGCGACUCGUAUGUGGGCCAAAAAGGCACGGUCGUGGGAUGGGGGAUCACUGCGUUCCCGACGGGCGACCCUAGCCCCACGCUGCAGAAACUCUCCGUGGAAGUCCUGUCAAACUUCCAGUGUUCCCGCGUCAUCGACGACCACGUAGGGCUGGGCAUGCUGUGCGCCGCCGCGCCGUCGUUGCAAGGGACGUGCUUCGGCGACAGCGGAGGACCUCUGACCGUGGAACGAGACUCGGGAAGGCACGUUUUGAUCGGUCUGGUGAGUUAUGGCGUGACGGGCUGCGCCAUCAAACCGGCUUUUCCUGACCUGUACACCAGAAUAUCGGAGUACGCCAAAUGGAUUGACGUCAGCACCUCGUAGUGAUGACAAUAAUGACGGUAAUGAUUGCGAUGGUGAUGAUGAUAUAGUAAUAUUGUGACGAUGACGAUAAUACGGCCAUACAGUACCAGCCACGGUUGUCGAGCACACAGUUUUAUACAAAUAUUAUUAUUAUUAUUAUUAUUAUUAUUAUUAUUAUUAUUUACAACGACAGACGACGUCGUAAUAACAAUAACGUUAUUGUUUCGGUGGACAUGGUCAGUCGUCGCAGUCCAAGAACACAUAUUAAUAUGCGGGUAAUAAGCACCACCUCACACAUAAUAUGAUGUAUUUAUUAAAUCAUGUUCACUAUAUUAUUAUAUUUUUUAGUAUUUAUAAUAUUUUAUUUGAUUUGAAAUAUCGUUGUUGUCACUUGUGCGAGUAUAUGUACCUAGGUAGUCAUCAGCUAUCAUAAGUGAACUAUUAUAUUAUAUUGUACGUAUUACCAGUCAUCGCGUCCGCCGCCGUCUUCUGCCCUAUAUAAUAAUAAUACGACGUAUUGCGUGAUUUAUUAUUUUUGUCCAGACGUGCACGUGUGCCACCGCCAUCUCGACCGCAUAAUUACACAUUAUAUGCAUUCUAAACGUUCAUUAACAUAAUAUUAUUUCUACGAUUUUUUAAGGUCCAAAAAACAGACGUCGUCGUCGUCCGUUUAAAAACACUUCGCAGCAAACAUCACAUUAUUAUAAUACCGUAUAGCGCUCGUGUUUAAAUUAAAACAUCGUGCGGUGUUAUGCACGCCGACGGAUAACUGCGUAUCGAUCAUGUGUUAUUUCGGAGUUUGUGCUAAAACAAUGUCUCGAGCAUUAAUAACGCAUUCGGAAACCGAUGAAAUUACAUUUUACACGUCUGACGAGUGAAAAUAUUAACUCUGUAAAGUUUGACAGCUCGCAAUAUUUUUCGUAACCUCGAGUCCGUAAACAUUAUUAUUUUCGGGCUUUAACAAAACACCGUAUCGAACAUAAACGUUACAUAUGUGCGUAUUAUUAUCCGUGUUGUAAAUGUUGCGAGUAAAAUCAAUUCAUUUUCCUGUUAAUCUUUAUUUAUUGUUCAAUUAAUUGUCGAGUAUAUAUGUACCUAUUUUAAUAAUUUAACCAUUUUAGACUUGAAUUGUGAAUUGUAUUUAGAGUGUGUAGAACGGGAAACCGCUUUUAUAAUUUGUUUAAUUCUUGUAUGCCUAUUAACGUAUUCACAAACAGAACGAUUGAAAUUAACUUUUUAUUAUAAGACAAUUAUUUGUACUCGAGAUAAAAAUGUAAUAAUAUUAGU